AUGUCAACUUCUCGUGGCCCUAUAACUUGUCACGUUCUUGACUCUUCACGUGGAAUGCCGGGCAUGAAUAUUCAAGUAAAAUUAGAAGUUAGGGAAACCUCUUCUGAAGAUUUCGAUGAAAAUGGAACAGAAACUUGGAAUGUCGUUGGACAAUCAUAUACGAAUGAGGAUGGAAGAUGUCCAAACCUAGUCCCGGAAGAUUAUAAAAUCGCUCUGAAGAACAAUUCAAAAGCGACUUAUCGCAUUACUUUUUAUACAUCAAAAUACUUCAAUAAAUUAGACCAAAAAUCAUUUUAUCCUUACAUAACUGAUUCUAAUCAACAUUAUCAUGUUCCUUUGCUGAUCAGUCCUUUCUCUUAUACAACUUAUCGUGGAAGUUAA